CGAGACCAGCCGGUAGUUCCGGUUCCGGCGUGGCGAUUUUAGUUCCCGGUAUUCAGUUGUCGCGGUUGGUGGGCAGUAACUGAGCCAAGAUGUUGCGGAAUCUGCUGGCUUUUCGUCAGAUUACUCAGAGGACCAUAAGUACUGCUUCACGCAGGCAGUUAGAAAAUAAAGUUCCAGAGAAACAAAAACUAUUUCAGGAGGAAAAUGGAAUUCCAGUGCAUCUAAAGGGUGGGGUAGCUGAUGCCCUUCUGUAUAGGGCCACCAUGGUUCUUACAGUUGGUGGAACAGCAUAUGCCAUAUAUCAACUGGUUAUGGCUUCAUUUCCCAAGAAACAGGAUUGAGUUCAAUUUGUCAUCCCAGCAGUCAGCUGGUUAAGUGGACCAGUAACCUGAUAAAUAAUCUGAGUUCUGUGGGGAUCAAUAUUUAUUGACUUGUACUGCUACCAAUAAAAGCAGUUUGUACCAUG